AUGCAUCUCUGUCAGCCUUUCAAAGCUCUGGUUCUGGCCAUGGCGUUGAUGAUGGCAUCAGGUGUAGAUAUAAAUAAACAUGAAGAGAACAUGAAUUCGUGCCCAGUCAUUCAAUGCUGUGCUCCUGGAACCAAUGGUUUACCAGGCAGAGAUGGAAGAGAUGGGAAAGAGGGUCCCAAAGGAGAAAAGGGAGACCAAGGAGAAGGACUGAGGGGUUUGCAGGGUUUCCCUGGAAAGGCAGGACCUCAGGGAACAAAAGGAGAUCAAGGACCACAGGGCGAAAAAGGACAAAAAGGAGAAAGUGCAAGUGAGAAGUCGACUCUCUCUGACUCAGCAUUUGAUUCUCUUCAAAGACAAGUAACUGCUUUGGAAAAGAACAUCCAGACUCUUCAAGCUGACAUUAGCAGACACCAAAAGUUUUUUUCUUUCCGGUGGGUCAAGAGUGUUGGUAAGAAAACAUUUAUGUCAACGGGCACAAAAGAUUCUUUUGAAAAUGGAAAAUCCCUGUGCACAAAAGCUGGAGGUGGACUCGCCUGUCCACACAAUCAUGCUGAGAACACAGCCUUGCGAGAAAUAUUGAAAGAUUCAGAACAAGCAUAUUUAGGGAUGUCUGAUGUGCAAACUGAAGGCAAAUUUCUGUAUCUGAAUGGAAGACCUGUAACUUACACAAAUUGGGAAACGGGAGAACCAAACAAUGACGAGAACGAAGACUGUGUUGCAAUGUAUGACAAUGAAAAGUGGAAUGACAUAGAUUGUUCAAAUUCAGAAAUGUUAAUUAUUUGUGAAUUUUAAUCUUUUCUCGUGGUACAUUAGUUCUGUCACAUUCCAAAGUCUAUUUCAAGCACUGGAAAUGCUCCAAUUUACUUACUUGGUGAAGCUGAAUAAAUAAUGGAUUUUUCAGUUCAGUGACCAAACUGAAAAAUCUAGGCUGGGAGGAGAGUUAAAUUCAAACUGACUCCAAUUAUUUUUUAAAAAUUUUCCAUCUCAUUGUAAAACUUGAAAAAAAUUCAUUUAGCAUUGACCGGAAUGUUUUGGU